UUUUUGCAAAGAAAAAAAAAAUUUCAUUUCUCUUCUGAUCGAAAUCGUUUCUUCUCUUCGUUCUCUCCAAAACGGCGAAAGCUAGUAUUCCGGCGAUUUCUCCUUCUGUUCGAUAUCGCAUUUAGGUGAUGAGUCUGUUGUUCUCUCUUAGGCUAUCUCUGAUUUCUCCUUACGCUAUUUUGCAACUGAGCGAUGAGGUUGAAGAAGAUGGCGGCGAGGCACCGCGGCUGCUGGAAGAAGAGUUUUCACGGGAAGGAAAAAGCUUCUACGAGGUUUUUAGUCUCAGAGGAAUCCGAGUCAACCGGGUCGACCCGGGUUUCAUUUCCUGCUCCUUCAAGGUCCCUCUUCGUUUGACGGUCUAUCUAGACUCACAACAAAUGAAAAGCUUCAGGAUGCAUUUGCUUCUUUUGGGGAGCUGGAUUUCAGUUAUGGCUCUUCCGUCAUACUGGAACACUGUCUACUAAGUUUCACCAUGAGAAACUUCUUCUUCCGUCAUAUGGGGAAAGCUUCUUCUUCUCGUGAGAUUUUUCACCAUGAGAAUCCAAGCAGCAGAGAGUCUUUGACUGAUCGCACAUUGAGCAGAAUGCAAUUGUGCAUGGAGGUGGGUUGUUCUACUCCUCAGCUAGUUAUAGAAACCUUACUCUCAGGUGUCUUUUAGUUUGGAGUCUUCUAGACAGUUGCUAGUUAUAUUGUAUUUUGAAUUUAUGUAUGAAAUAAAAU